GGACUCCCUCAGCUCACUAUUGCGGCGAAUGUUUAGUAUCAGCUUUGGCACAAUCGUAAAACGAACAUUCACCGUACCUCGGUUAGUGAAGAUGAGUGAUUUGCAGCGCAUCCUGUCCAACAACAAGGCAGCGGAAGAGCUGCUCGAGUCGCUGAAGCAGGAGCUGAAGACGAUCAAGAAUGAGCAAGUGCAGCGCAAGAUCGCCGUACUGCAGACAGAGAAUGAAACGCUCCGUCGACAGGUGGAUGCGUGUCUGAAGAAAUUGAUUACACUGGAGGUAGCCCACGGCAAGGUACAGAUUCCCGUUCCCACACCGGAACAGGUACGUGCUGGCAGUGGUCCGGUGACCGUUAAAAUGGAACCCGUUGCCGAACCACCAACGGUAGCUAAGGAAACACCCCAGGAAGCACCGGCAAAGGCACAGCAACAGAAUGAAAAUAAGGCACCGAAGGAAAAGAAACCCAAGAAGGAAAAACAGGCGGGCGAGACUAAACAGGCUGCUGGUGCACCAGCUGUCGAGGAACCGCCGGUUGAUGUGGGGCGGCUCGAUAUGCGUGUCGGACGGAUUGUGCACGUUUCACGCCAUCCCGACGCCGACAGCCUGUACGUAGAGAAAAUUGAUUGUGGCGAACCGAAUGGACCGCGUACCGUCAUAUCCGGGCUUGUAAAGUACGUCCCAAUCGAGCAGAUGGAGAACCGCCUGGUGGUUGCACUGUGCAAUCUAAAGCCGGCCAAAAUGCGCGGCAUCUUGUCGGAAGCGAUGGUGAUGUGUGCAUCGUCACCGGAUAAGGUAGAAAUUCUAGCCCCACCGGAGGGUUCCGUACCGGGAGAUUUGGUACACGUAGAGGGGUACCCGCGCGUACCGGAUGUAGUGAUGAAUCCGAAGAAGAAAAUCUUUGAAACGGUCGCACCGGAUCUGAAAACGAAUGGAGAGCUGGUCGCGUGCUACAAAGACGGAUCGUUCGUUGUCCCCGGGAAAGGGGCAGUUAAAGCACAAACGCUGAAAAAUGUACAAGUAAAAUAA